AUGCUGUGCGCGGCUGCGGCCAGCAGCUCGUCAUCGACGCAGACGAGUAGUCUCGUCACGACGAACGCGGGGCCCUCGCGGACGAACUUCCACCUGCCGACGCACAGCACGGCGUCGGGGGUGAGUGCGAAUACGGGCAUCGCGCCGCCGCUCACGGGGAGCGCCGUGCCUGCGACGGACGGGCAGCCGUACAUGCUGAAGGACUCGGUCACGGUGGGGCCCGGCGCGCCGGCGCCCCUGUACUAUACGUUUGCGCGGGGCGCCGGCCAGCCGGUGUGGGUGUCGAUGUCGCUGUGCAACGGCCCCGGCAUUCCCGCCUACAACACGAGCAACGCGACGCUGCUGGACGAUAUGGACACGUCGGCCAAGGACCUGCGUGAGAGCACGCUGGUGGGCCUGUUUGUGUCGGACCGCGCGGACGCGCAGCGCCCGGGGCCGCGCUCAGGCCUGUCCGCGGACCAUGUGGGGUACGCGCAGGGCGGGUGGACGCAGGUGGCGCUCCAGAAGGGCGCGGCGCAGGACGUGUGGAUCGGCAUCUGGCCGCCGCGCGAUCCGCGGGGCGCGCAGGGGCGCUACGAGGUGCAGCUGACGGCCUCGACGGUCGGCUCGCUGCAGGACGUGGCCGCAGUGCCGGGGCUGUACUUUGACGACUCGGACCGCCGGAGCGCGCUGCUCACGUCCUUCAACUACACGGCGCCGCCGCCGAACAUGAGCCUGAUCGUGCUGCCGACCGACGGGCGCUUCUCGCUCACGUCGAUCACCUACUUCAACUCGUCGUUCUGCCGUAUCUUUGAUCUCUGGGACGACAUGGACCAGGCGAAUGUGCGCCCGGCGGUGAACAGCAGCGAGACGAGCCGCGGGACGCUCGACGUGCUCACGCGCAUCGCCGGCGGGAGCGGGCCCGAGAACCACGGGCACAUCAACGACACGGCCGGCAUCGCGCCGAUCAUCGACAACGACCUGGCCGCGCCGGUGAUGCUCGCCGACGAGACGCGGUCGAGCCCGCAGGUGCGCAAGCAGUUCCUCGUCAACGGGCUCGAGCCCGGGCAAAACUACACGGCGUACCUCGUCUCGUCCACGAACAACAGCGGCGUCGUGCACCGCCGGCUGUACCCCGCGGUCAAGUUCGUGACGAAGCGCACGGAGAACUGCCGCCUCAUGUACAACCUGGCGUUCUGCCCCGAGCUCGCGUAUGCGGUGCCGUACAACCCGGCGCUGGACGUGAACGAGGCCCUGCGCGUGCUGGAGCAGGUGGUAUCGAGCAACUACGGCAACUUCUCCGCCACGCUCGACACGUUCCCGUGCGCGGACGACAAGCUGGGGCGCUACUCGAGCGUGUCGACGUGCGAGGACUGCCGCCGCGCGUACCAAAACUGGCUGUGCGCCGUGGCCAUUCCCCGGUGCACGGACCUCGUGGACCCCGCGGAGAGCGCCGCGAGCCAGAACGGCACCGAGCUGCAGGGCCUGCCGAUGCCGCCCAACGAGCGCCUGCUCCCGUACAUCGUCAACCGCGUGGGGCCGCGGAGCAGUCGGCAGGCGUACAUCGACCAGCUCUUCGGCGCGGGCGACUACGGCGAGCUCCUCCCGUGCCUGCUGACGUGCGAGAUGGUCACCCGCUCGUGCCCGCCGGUGCUCCGCUGGGCCUGCCCGCGCUGGACCGUGACCGCCCAGCGGGACUACGGCACCUUUGCCGACGCGGACGACACGGGCUUUGGCGUGAACGAGAACGGCGGCGGCGGCCCCGGCGGCCUCCGCUGGGGCGGCGCCUGGUCGCGCUACGUGGCGCAGGACGCGUUCGGCCAUGUCUACUGCAAUCCGAUGGACGUCGACCGCCUCCUGCGCCAGGCCAGCGGCGCCGCGCCGCGCGGGCCGCCCCUGUGGACCGCAGCGCUCGCAGCGCUCGCCACGAUACUGGCCGUGCGCUAG